GCUUCCUCCAAUUCCUUGUGUCCUCAAACACGUAGCAUAGGCAACAAUGGCAACUUCAACCCAUCGAUCUGAAAAACCAGAAACUGAAGAAGAAAACGAUGUUGCAGAGCCUGGAUUCGGGCAGAAUAUCUCCUUUGAACGGCCAGGUUUGGUAGGAGGCACAUACGCCAUUCAGGUUCAGCAGACCAUUUCAAAAGAUAUGCUCGAGAAAGAGGAGCCAAAGAAUGACAGUCAACACUUCGAAGUUGUCGCUCCACGAUUCGACCUCCCCACAGACUCAGUCCACUCCAUAUACCCAGAACAGGGCCACGAAGCGACUCACGACACACUUCCGCACAUUGUCCUCAACGACAGCACUUUGCCAUGGGAGCGCACCGGCAGUGACCAAGCCAAGGGUCAUUGUACCGACGACUAUUCCAAACACGCCGUGCCAUGGAUGGCGCUCUUGAUCUUCUCCCCGGACGAGCUUCGCCUGAAUGAUGUCGAGAAGGCGGGAAUCUUUGCGCAUACCAGCCUCAAUGCUCAUCCGCCAAAGCAGUCGGAGUCCAUGGCAGUCCGCGUUCCGUUGGGUGACCUCGUCAAGCUGAAGGAGGGAACAGCCAGUGUCCCAUUUGACGACCAAGUCGACCUCGACCAAGCGGCGACCGAACCCAGUACGAACAUGAUCUUUCCCAAGGCAUCGUUAUUCAAUCGUUUGUUUGCAGCCUACGAUGACAACGGGCAACCGCAGCCGGGCACUCCAGAUAUUUCGCGACACCGGUUGCUGGCCCACGUCGUCCGGAUGAACACAAGGGGAACCGACUCAGACAAGGUCGAUACCAGCCGGGAGUUCAGUGUCGUAAUCGCUAAUCGCAUCGGGCCUCUCGACGGUGACAAAGCUUCUGAAAUGAUCGUCCAUUUCGUCUCCCUCGAGGGCGUCGAAUCGCUGAACCCCUUACCUCUCCCCGAAGUUGUACCAGGCUCAUCAUCGCCCGAGCAACCUGCCCGCGUCGGGCUCGUCUCCCUCCACAGCUGGUCCUACACCUGCCUUCCGCCGAAUUCUCUCAACGUAAAGCAGACCUUUGAGAACCUAGCCCGUACAGCGAGCAUGCUCAAGCCCAUCAUCCCGCCCCACUCGGAACACCUAGAUGACGCAGGAAAGCGCAUGCUCAACCGGUUUGAAGAAGGCUACACCAUCGUGCGCUCCAGGACGCCAACAGGGGAACCCACCCCCGCCCUCAUCCGCGGCCCGCUGACACCCAACUUCGUUGCCCCACUAGAACGGGAUUUUCUCUCCUCCAACUCCGGCGUCGACCUCAGAAUCUUUGAUGAGAAACUGGACAUGAUGGACAUCACCUACUCCUCCGCCUGGUCACUAGGUCGCUCGCUAGCUUUGGCGAAUGAAGGCUUCACCGUUUCUCUCACGCGCGUCCGCCAUGAGAUCUUGCACCCAGGAACUAGUGAACGGGGAGGAGGCUGGAAGACGACGACCUACGACGACGACGACCUCACCGAUCCCAGCAGCUCGUCGUCGGACUGGAGUAUCAUCCUCCGCUUCGUUUCAGAUCUGUACCACCUCGUCAACGUCCCGUCGCGCUACCUCUUACCCGGCCAGAGCAUGCUACCCCGCGAGAGCCUCCGUUUCUUUUUCGUUGACGGCAACUGGAUCGACGCGCUAGUGGACGGUGCGCUGAGUUUGGGUUAUUUGUAUCAGGGCAGCCUGGAAGGGUCUCCCGUGGAGGAUGGCCAUGUCGUGCGGAGAGCCUUGAAAACUUCUAUCGACCGCUUCAUGUUUACAAUCGACGAUCCCACCACAGUCCAUCAUCAUCAUCAUCAUCGUUCUUCUGCCGCCGCCGUUCCCAGGUAUGGAUUCUUUCUUCGGUCGUCGGUCAUUGCUGCUGCGCAAUUCCCGGAUCUCAUCAAAGUUUCGGUGGUUGAACAACCCAGCGGCGGGGAUCAUCCGAAUCUGAAAUUGUUGUUGUUGCGGCAUGACAUAGUUGCCGAGGAAACCAUGCUGGGAUUCUUCAGUGAGGCGCCGCCCGUAGAAGGCGAAUUGUAUCAAAUGCGAUUUGAGGUACCCGCCCAUCAGCAGUUUUUCUCCUUGGGUAGCGUAACAGAUCAAGACCUGGAAGUGGUGUAUAAGAGACAGUACACCACCACCAAACCGGAAGUUGAGGAUGGAUCGAGGAACGUCCCAGCUGCUAUAAUUAAGUGGCCUCGAGAUGGGAAGGGGAAGUCCAUGUCGACGAACGGCAACGAUACCCGAGAACGGAGCCAGGUGUUUAUUUGGGGGUCCAAGCCUGGUCUAAAUGAUGUUCGGUUGGUGCUCGUGGAGAAACUGGCUGCCGAUGUUCAUGCUACGUUGGUCAAGGAGAUGGCGGAGCUGGGUUCGGACUGGUAUGAGGAAACGACUGCCACGUCUGCUAUGAUGGCCUAUCAGCUUAGCAGUCGUUCGUGGCACCUGCAAAUUGGAUGAUAGAUAUUCAUGGGCGCGGGAUCAACCUCGGGAGAAGUGACAAAAUGUUGAAGUUGGGUAUAGCAGCGCGGAAUUGCGAGGGGGGUUGUGGUGUGAGUUGAGAUGUGCUGACGGGAGACAUCCCUGAAAUUCCCGUUAGUAAACUACGCCUGUACACCGCUGUAGCCGGAGGGGGCACUAACACUUACAUCGUCCUUAGUCGGCAUUCGAACUUUGAGGGUUUCUCGAGCGCUUAGCCCCUCCGCCACCCUUGAUGGUCAUGAUGAUGUUCACAGAUAAUGCACACCAUUGCCGAGAUUCGAGUAAAGUGAUUUACCUGCAACGCCCAGAGGAAGAUGCUGCCCAGAGCUUGUUUGGUUCUCAUCUCAUAGUAGCGAUAGUCUGGCGGCGACUACGGGAGACAUUCAAGGCGGAAAUACAGUGGUUGUGUCCUUAUGACACAUGUCCCCAUAUGCUUUGGUAGUAUAGAGAUUGCUAGAUUUGGUCCGAAAAACGCGAGCAAUGAGGACCAACGAAGCUGGACACGGGACCAAGAAAGGUGUCAGUGUACACGUGUAAUGGCGCUUGGGGUUUGGUACACCGCCGAAUGCCUAGUCCCAU